GGUGCCUCUCCCUUCCCAUCCCAUUCCUCGCACCUUUAUCACCACUACUACCACCACUACCACCCACGUUGCUGUCUGGCCUAGCGUUGGAUAUUCACUAGACGCUUGCAUAGACUAACGCCACUUCUCAAACACAACACGGCCCAUUGAAAUCCUCGCCCCGCCUGCCAACCCUCCUCCGCGCGCGCGAGCAGGGGCACCGCCAUUCUCCGUGCCAAACACCACCAUCCCAUCAUUCAUCCGCAUCGCCAGUCUUAAAGUGCGCCCCCUUUUUUACCAUUGCUGCCAUUCGCGCCCCGGCCCAGGAACAGGAUUGGCACCAGUGCACGUCACCACAGCGUACAACCUGCGCGGAACACAAGCCUGCCGCUUCCCCUGGCACCAGUGUUUGAUUGGCCGCUCGAGCAGGGUUGUGAGCAGCGCCAGCAUCAUGUUUGCAGACCCGUCAAUGCCAGAACGACAGCCCUCGCCAGGCCUCGCCCUCAAUCUCCCCUCCAACAACCCAUUCCGCAACAGAGCCGCCUCGCCCGCGCUCCCCUCACCCUUACUAGACACCGGCAACCGCGACAGUUCCGGCAGCAGGCCAAUGUCGCGCAAUCCCUUUCUGUCCACCUUCGAGGCAGAGUUCAACAAGGAGGCCGCCAAGGAUCUCGACAUGUCGGCCACCAUGCGAGACUCCCCUAAAAAGGCCACCUUUGGCACCGCCGCCGAAGAGCUGUUUAACAACCUCACUCUUGAAGACGGAGACAAGAGGCGCGCUCCUCCGCGACCUGCCCCCAACCGAAGCGGCACCGAGCCCCGCGUCGGCCAUCGCCCCACACGCUCAGAUGAAGAGAAGGAGAAGAUGCGCGGCCAGCAGCGUGGGCCACCGCGAUCACGAGGCCCUCCAAGUGCGCGUCCGCCGCGCCAGAGCAGCACCGAGCGCCGAGAGAACCGACGCCAGCGACGGAACUCCGAGUCCUCGAUGAUCGACAAGGGCUCUCUCGAUCCAAACGAGGAGCGCAGGCGCAGGGAGCGUCGUAAAGAACGUGAAGAGCGUGGGGAUCGUACCAAAGACGGCAAGGACGGCAAAGACGGCAAGUCGGGCAAGCGUGUUCGACGACCCCAAGGUCUCGACCUCAUCGACAAACUAGACGUGACGGGCAUCUACGGACCCAGUAUGAUCCACCACGAUGGCCCAUACGAUGCCGUGCAACCCCACCGUAACCGCAAGAAGGACCAGCGCGCCCCCAUGUCGGCCUUCCCGGUAGGCUCAGCCAACAACUCGCUCGGUGGCUCAGGACCACUCAAUUCCAAGAUUGAUCUGGACAGGAUUCACGGACGGGGUGCUGAGGGCUUCUCAGACUUCGGAGGCGCUGAACAACGCGAAUGGCAGAAGCCUCGCCCCGAGGCCGAGUUCAGUGCCAAGGGCCGAGAAGACAUUAUGCAUGGAGAGCAGACACAUGGUCUUGGUACCUCUACUUUCCUCGAGGGCGCUCCAGCAUCUCGCAAGGCCAUCUUACAAGACUCCGAGAAUAAUCAGCGGGCUAUGGUAGAUGGCGGACUGGGUCGCAAGAAGUCGAUUGCCCAGCGAUUCCGCGGCAUUUCGCAACCGCGACGAUAUGGUGACAAUCCUCGCAUCACCUCUCCCGAAUCUCGAUAUGCCCCAGGCACAAAUCAAAAUGGUCCUUAUAGUGCAGGCCCACUCUCCCAGACCAAGACAACCGAGUUGAACCCCUUCUUCAACGACGAGUACGACAAGGCUUAUGAGGCCAAAGGAGCAACCAUCAGGACCAACGAGACAGAUACUAGAGGCGGCCCGUCUUCGCCUGGUCGCAACCAGUUGACACGAGCCGUCACUUCGGACAGCUUUGGAUCUCCUCCGCAAGAGCCCAAGCCCAGCGGUGGUUUCCUGAACCGAGUCAAGAGUUUGAAGGGUGGACGCAGACGUCCUGCUUGAGCAUCCUUGCCUUCAUAGAAUACGUCUUUAGUCUCUUGCCUAUGCCAUCAGGGCCGCACAACCCUGCUACGAGCAUAUCGACAGAUACAUCGCGCCAUCCGACGGCCAAACGCGUCGUGUACCGUUCUGGGCGUCGCUCUUCUUCUAUUAUCAUACACACCCCUUCUGGGACACCCACUCUCCUAUCUUGGCGCCGGGGUAAUUGGAUUUUGGACAUUGAGGCGGGUCUGGAUACGCCUCCCGUGCAGACUGGUACAGGGUUGGAUCAGGCGCCCCAAAAGGCAUGCGAGGGUCUAUUUGCCAUCUUCAUUUGGGCAUGUUUAAUGCGACAAGUUGGCGAUUGUAUAGCCCUACAAUAUGUGGUCGUAGAGAGCGCUGGCUGGGGAUUUGUAGCUCCAACAAAACAUUGAAAUCACAAAAGCCCUGUGCAACAAAUUCUCGUCAAGUUCGUCACGUGCAACCCUC